UUUACGAAAAUGCAUUUUUCAAUUCCCGAUACUCAGGAAUUAAACGAAGGAAAUGGGUCAACAUUCAUUGGUUAUAACAUUCAUAUAAACGGUCUUUUUCACUGUACUGUUAGGUAUAAGCAACUACAUAACUUAAAUGAGCAGUUGAAGAGAGAAUUUGGUAAUGAAGCAAUACCUUAUUUUCCUCCCAAAAAAUUGCUUCCUUUGACUGUUUCACAACUAGAAGAACGAAGAGUUUUACUAGAAAAAUAUAUCCAAACUAUUGGCCAAGAUUCCAAACUAGUGUCUUCCGAACUAAUAAUAGGUUUUUUACUAUCGGCGCAGCAAGAAACAACGUGCGAGAAAAAGCAAGACGUGAACCUAGAUUUAUACACUAUGAACAACUAUCACAUCCCCGUACGUGUAUCAACGUUUGACGGCACAGAACAAGUGUUGACAAAAGUAUUCAAGUACAUGAGCUUGCCAUUAGAAUAUAUGCAGUAUUUUUCCUUAUACCUGAUCAAAAAAGACAAUAGCGGAGAUAUUAUUAUAUUACGUAAACUACUUGAUUUUGAAUGUCCUUAUUUAUCCAAUAAAACGAUGAGAGAUGCUAACAAAAUAGUCAUCCGGAAAAGUUACUGGGAUACAAACUAUGACUUUGAAUUAAUGACGGACCCGGUAUCCCUAAACCUCUUGUACAUUCAGGCAGUAACAGAAAUCGAAAAAGGCUGGAUAAUAGCCACUAGAGAGAUGAAAUCACAAUUGGCAAGUCUGCAAACUAAUCUAGCGAAACGUGAAUACAUAGAAACGGCUCAAAAACUAAAAUAUUACGGUUUCAUACAAUUUUUGCCCUGUUAUUGUGAUUACCCCAAGGCUCAAACUAAAGUUGUCAUAGCAAUAGGCGACCAAGAACUUAGCAUGAGGAUUCUUGGACCGGGACAGUUAUCCAGAGAAGGUUGUUUCAAAGUAACAAGAAUGAGGUGUUGGCGCAUCACUGCCACACACAACAAAGAGGAAGUGGCAGCCAACAGUGGAUCGAGUUUCAGUUCAGGUUUAGAGCUGUCAUUCGAGUACCUGAUGUCGAAAGACAAAUUGCAGUGGAUCACUAUAUCAAGCGACCAAGCUAUAUUAAUGUCGGUGUCCUUACAAUCUCUAGUUGACGAGCUUCUGAUGAAGAAGAAUGGGAUCAGGAAAAAACCGUGUUCUGUUACAAAAGGUAGUUGGUCGUACAUGAAAAGAGAUGGGUCAAGUCACCUGAUCUCGGUAGACGAUGCAGAUGGAGAGAAUAAGGAGGAUUCAUCAGAUCCUAAAUAUCAGGAAUCGUUUUCAAUAAAGAAGUUGCAAGAAAAAUUUUCCAGCGUUUCUUUCAAAAGUGGAAGAGAAUUCAUCGAAAAUCAUGCAUUUGAGGGUAUUGGCGAUGACGAUUUAUGAAUAAAUGGUUUUAGUUAGUCUGACGUGCUUUUUCUACUUGGAAAUUCUAAACGUGGGUUUUAAUUUUAAGGUGCUAAUAAAACUUGUCCAAAUCAAUUACUUGCCAUUUGACGUGUAAAAUAAUAAUUGGCAAUUUGUAAAAAUUUGUGGGGUUAUCCCACUCAGUCCAUUGUAUGUGCCAAAACUUAGGAAUAACUAAGAUAUUUUACUAAACAGUGGUAUAUUGAAUAUAAUUGUAUUUUAUAUAUUACCAAUUAUACAAAGUAAUUGAUUAAUCGUUAUAAGGAAUUCCACUAUGAACGCUCAAAUUUUGUAUUUUGUUAGUUUAUGGUACCUGACAUUUACUGUAUAUUAAAAAUAUGCAUGUUAUCACAAUUACCGAGUUAUUUUAUGUAGCUUGUACGUAAUUUUUUAUAUAUUUUUUUAAAUAUUUGUAAUCGGUAUUGUAUAGUCCUUAUCCUCUAAAAACACCCCAUACUUUUUUCAUAUCCAAAAUACAUAUCUUAUUUCAUAUUUUUUUAUAUCUAAAUAUGUAUUUUAUCAU